UCGGGUGCGGAGAGCCGGUGGCCACGCUGACGCCGCUGCGCGCCAUGGCCGUCGCCUACCUGCUGGGCAACGGCUCCGCGCCGCUCCUCGCCGGCGCCCUGGAGGUGCCCUUCGCCGCUAACGCCUCCGCCGCCGCCUGCCGCCCCGCCGCUCCCCCCUGCGCGGCCGCGCCGUCGGCAGCCUGGGGCAACACCUCGGCGGGCUGGAACCGGUCCGAGCCGUGCGGCGGCGCCAACGGGAGCGCGGGCGGCGGCGGCCCCUGCGCGCCCGCGGGCGGUGGCCCCUCGGUGGUCACGGCCAUCGCCAUUAUGGCCCUCUACUCCGUGGUCUGCGUCGUGGGGCUCUUCGGCAACUUCUUGGUCAUGUAUGUCAUCGUCAGGUACACAAAAAUGAAGACUGCCACCAAUAUCUAUAUUUUCAAUCUUGCACUGGCAGAUGCCCUAGCAACAAGUACCCUGCCAUUCCAGAGUGUGAAUUACUUGAUGGGAACAUGGCCAUUUGGUACCAUCCUUUGUAAGAUUGUUAUAUCCAUAGACUACUAUAAUAUGUUUACCAGUAUUUUUACACUCUGCACCAUGAGUGUGGAUCGCUAUGUAGCUGUAUGCCACCCAGUUAAGGCCCUUGAUUUCCGUACCCCCAGAAAUGCCAAAAUUGUCAAUGUCUGCAACUGGAUCCUUUCUUCUGCCAUUGGCCUGCCAGUUAUGUUCAUGGCAACCACUAAAUACAGGCAUGGCUCUAUUGACUGCACACUAACAUUCUCCCACCCUGCAUGGUACUGGGAGAACCUCCUGAAAAUCUGUGUGUUCAUCUUUGCCUUCAUCAUGCCAGUCCUCAUCAUUACUGUGUGCUAUGGGCUGAUGAUUUUACGCCUGAAGAGCGUUCGCAUGUUGUCUGGCUCCAAAGAGAAGGACAGGAACCUGCGGAGAAUCACAAGGAUGGUUCUUGUAGUGGUGGCGGUGUUUAUUGUCUGCUGGACUCCUAUCCACAUUUAUGUCAUCAUUAAAGCCCUGGUUAACAUCCCAGAGACUACUUUCCAGACUGUUUCCUGGCACUUCUGUAUUGCCCUAGGGUAUACAAAUAGCUGCCUUAAUCCAGUCCUGUAUGCAUUUCUAGAUGAGAAUUUCAAAAGGUGUUUCAGAGAGUUCUGCAUCCCCACUUCCUCAACCAUUGAGCAGCAAAAUUCCACCCGAGUACGACAAAACACUCGUGACCAUGCAUCCACUGCUAACACUGUGGACAGGACUAACCAUCAGGUAUGA